UAUUUCUCACAGUUCUGGAGGCUGGGAAGGUAUCUCUUUCAUAAGAAAUAAAAAACAAAGAAGUUCCUUUACAAGGGCACCUACUCCCAUUCAUGAGGGAGGAGCCCUCAUGGCAUACUCACCUCACCCUGCUUCUUAAUCCUAUCACAUUGGCAGCACCUGAAUUUGGGAUGGCACACAUUCAAACCAUAGUGUCCUCAUUAAAAAACGUUAUAAAUAUGCCUUCUAAUUUUAUGUCAUUUUAUAAUUUGGGAUCAUCUAUUGUUUGCAGGUGAUAUUGUUUGUUUGCUAUGAUUGAAAUUCAUUGCUUGUGAAGGCAAGUAAUUUUUUAAGGCAUGUUUUUAGCCACUGGUAUAUAAUAAUGGUGAGUAACAUCCCAAAUUGGGAUAUAUUGAGAUGUUAGCCUCAGUUCAUGGUCUUCUAGACUAAAUUUGAGUAUGUAUCUGCAGCAUUACAGAAAUCAGAAGCCACAUGAUGAUUUAUUAUUAUACAUCCUCAUUUUAAAUAUUUUGAAGGGGGCGUAAAAUGGCAUUUUGUGAACUAUCUUAGGUUUAAAAUGCCUACAGAUGGAGGAGGAAAAGUAGGUUCAUUAUAUUAUCUGCUUGAAUUGCUACACACAGCCAACAUCCACAGGUUCUGCACACCAGUGGAGGAGGAAAGUGGGUUAUGUUCUGUUCAGAGCAAAUGCACAGGACUUCUGUGACACGGCCAUGUUCUAUUUUACCCAGAAUUGUGCAACCUCUUCUUUAUCUUUUUAGAAACUUCUGGGUGACACUUUCAAGUACUUUGUGUUCAUAUCUCCACUUGGUCUUCCCAGACACCUGCAAGUUCCGAGUUUGCAUGCUGCUUUCUGCAGCUGGCAAGACAGGCUGUCCAGUUUCAUGGGGUUGCUGAGAAAUUACAUUUGCUUUCACACUGGCUUACAAUACAUGACCUUGCUUUCAUGCCACACCAUGACCUUGCUUCAGCUCAGAAAGCAGUACAAAGAAUGGAAUGUUAAGUAUGUCUUUGGAUAGCUUAAUCAGUCAUGCUGGUUGCUAUGUUACUGAUUACAGAAAAUGUGUGCUUUGUAUACCAGAUAGUUUGGAGGCAGUGUUGCUGUUCUGUGAGAAAGGUAGAGAAGGCUAACAUUAACCAUAUUUUACUGUUACCUCUUACAGCAAGUGCUGGCUACUAAAGAGGUUUGUUAAGUGCUUCAAUAGAGGUUUGUGUGUAUUAAUAGUAUCAGUGGUAGGAAGGAGUUACUGACCCGAUCAGUGUGGGCUCUUCCCAGGAAUGCUUUGUACAGUGGGAGAUGCUUCAACUGGUUCUGAAAGCUGUGAAGGGUUUUGCUGAGCAGCACUGCUUCAUUGGAAAGGAUUCUGAGAGAAAUGAAGAAAGCCUCCAGAAAUGAAAUUGACAGCCUCAUGGCCUUUUGUUGACUGGCUCCAAGCUGUGCUGCUCCACUGCCUUGAAAUGACACUGUGUGCAGUGUCUGCUGAGGUUAUCCAUCAGGUGGAAGAGGCGCUCGACACGGACGAAAAGGAGAUGCUUCUUUUUUUGUGCCGGGACGUUGCUACAGAUGUGGUUCAGCCGAAUGUCAGGGAGCUUCUGGAUAUUUUAAGUGAGAGAGGUAAGCUGUCUGCUGAGGGCUUGGCCGAGCUGCUCUACAGAGUGAGGCGCUUUGACCUGCUCAAGCGGAUCUUGAAGAUGGACAGAACGGCUGUGGAGAGGCUCCUGCACAUGCACCCGCACCUUAUUUCAGACUAUAGGGUGCUGAUGGCAGAGAUUGGUGAGGACUUGGAUAAAUCGGAUGUGUCUUCUUUAAUUUUCCUCAUGAAGGAUUACACAGGCCGAGGCAAGACAUCCAAAGACAAGAGUUUCUUGGAUCUUGUGGUUGAAUUGGAGAAACUAAAUCUGGUUGCUCCAGAUCAAUUGGACUUACUAGAAAAAUGCCUAAAGAACAUUCACAGAAUAGACCUGAAGACAAAAAUCCAGAAGUACAAGCAGUCUGCUCAAGAAGCAGGGACAAGUUAUAAGAAUGCUCGCCAAGGGUCUUUCACAAACUUGAGUCUCAAGGAUCCUCCCUAUAACUGCAGGCUCCAGAAUGGGAGAAGUAAAGAACAAAGACUUGUGGAACAACAUGGCAUUCAAAGGGAACCGGUGAAGAUAUCCAUUCAGGAAUCGGGAGCUUUUUUUCCUCAGCGCAUACCUGAAGAGAGAUACAGGAUGCAGAGCAAGCCCCUAGGAGUCUGCCUGAUCAUCGAUUGCAUUGGCAAUGAUGCAGAGGUUCUUCGGGACACCUUCACUUCCCUGGGCUACGAAGUCCAGCAUUUCCCGUAUCUCAGAGUGGCUGAUAUAAUCCGGAUUCUUCACCAAGUUGCCCUUAUGCCCCAACACCAAGACUACGACAGCUUUGUGUGUGUCCUUGUGAGCCGAGGGAGCUCCCACACUAUGUUCGGGGUGGAUCAGACGCACUCAGGGUUCUCCUUGCAUCAUAUCAGGAGGAUGUUCAUGGGAGAUGCAUGCCCUUCUCUGGUAGGGAAGCCAAAGCUCUUUUUUAUUCAGAACUACAUGGUGUCAGAGCACCAGCUGGAGGCCAGCAGCCUCCUGGAGGUGGACGGGCCAGCGGCGAGCAACAUGGCAUCUGCGGCUCAGAAGCCUGGGCCCAGCAAGCUUCACCCUGAAGCCGACUUCUUCUGGAGCUUGUGUACAGCGGACGUGUCCGUGCUGGAGCGAUCCUCCAGCUCCCCAUCCGUGUACCUGCAGUGCCUCUCCCAGAAACUAAAGCAGGAAAGAAAACGCCCACUCCUGGAUCUCCACAUUGAACUCAAUGACAAGGUGUAUGAUUGGAAUAGCAGAGUUUCUGCUAAGGAGAAAUACUAUGUCUCGCUGCAACACACGCUGAGAAAGAAGCUCAUCUUUUACAAAUGAAAGAUCAAAAGUCUUUCUCAGUCCUGCAAUCUUGGGGUGCGGGGGGAGAGAGAGAGAAAGAGAAAAGAGAGAGAGAGAGAGAUAGGAGAGAGUGAGAAAGAGACAGGAGAGAGAGAGU